UGUGUGAGUGAGCGGUUAGGUAGAAAAAGGGCAAAUUCGUAAAUAAUGGCAUUGCUCUACGGUUCCAGGGUCUUCUUCAACCUCAACUUCAAAGCUUCAAAGCUGAGUAGGACUCUUACUCACUCUUAUCCUCGAUUUCAAGUUCGAUCCAUGGCUACCUCCGAGAUGAAGAAGAUUCAGAUUCAAAGAGACGACACCACAUUUGAUGCAUAUGUGGUUGGCAAAGAAGAUGCUCCUGGAAUUGUAGUUCUUCAGGAGUGGUGGGGAGUCGAUUUUGAGAUCAAGAAUCAUGCCCUUAAAAUUUCCAAACUUGAGCCUGGCUACAAAGCACUUAUUCCUGAUUUGUACCGUGGAAAGGUUGGUCUUGAUGCUGCGGAGGCACAACAUUUGAUGGAUGGUCUUGACUGGCAAGGUGCUGUAAAGGAUAUUCAGGCUUCAGUAAACUGGCUCAAGGCCAAUGGCUCGCAGAAGGUUGGUGUGACCGGCUAUUGCAUGGGUGGUGCUCUUGCUAUUGCAAGUUCUGUUUUAGUAUCCGAGGUUGAUGCUGUUGUAGCAUUUUAUGGAGUUCCUCCUCCUGAGCUUGCGGAUCCUACCAACACCAAAGUACCUAUUCAAGCUCAUUUUGGAGAACUUGACAAUAUUGUUGGUUUUUCAGAUGUUAAGGCUGCUAAAGGUCUGGAGGAAAAACUGAAGGAAUCAGGGAAGCCGUUUGAGGUACAUUUGUAUCCGGGGGCAACUCAUGCAUUCAUGAACACUUCUCCUGAAGGUAUCGAGAGGAGAAAGGGAAUGGGAGCAACAGAUGAGAAUGAAGCUACUGCGGAGCUUGCAUGGUCUCGUUUCCAGUCGUGGAUGAGUUGUUAUUUAGCGGCGUAGAUGAUGUGUGUAAUUACGAAGCAUUCAUAACAGGUAAUAAUAAAACCGAAACACCAUCGAGAGGAUGAUGGACGAUUUGGUGUUAAAAUGGUGUGGAUGCGUGUGUGUGAGUGUGGGUAUAGUUUGUAAAAUCGUUCAUGGCCAAGUUUGGUUAUUAUUGUUGGUUUGGAUUCUAGUUUGCAAUUUCUAGGGGCGUGAGGUUUUUUAUAAAAUAUGUUCCAAAUCUUUGGUUC